AUGCUAGACUGGAUGAAGGGGAAUGAGCAGGGCACACAGGCUGCAGAUGAUUCCAAGCUGCUAGAGCCCCCUGAGACCCCAGGUCAUGUUUUUGCCAUUCGUGCCUUCAAAAGUGCUCUGUUUGGCACCCCAGGAGGCGAGGAUGACGAAAAAAACGCGUCUGAGAAACAAUCCGGCCAUCAACGAAGCAAGAGUGACACCAUAAAACUACCGCCGCCGGAGACCAAGACCGACACCAAAUCAACCAGUGAGGACGCGAACUAUAAUCCUACCGGAUCCCCUACGAAAAGCAUCCUUGUCACGCCCGGUACAGCUCUGCGUCGCAAGACAGUUUCGUUCGGUGAAAGUGUCAUCGACAAUGAGGGGAAGCGACCUGGCUCCGCCAGUAAACCAGCCAAAACCCCACCAAAUCCUUCAGGAACUAUUAGUUCCCAGUGGAUGUCCGGGUCCUCGGAUGGAAGCGGCAAGCCGAGGAGCAAACUCACCCAAACUCUCAUGGAUGCACGCGACAACGCGGCCAAGAACUCCGAGUCGGCCAAGUCUGGAGAAAGCACAGGAGAAGCGAAACCGGAAAUCGCUUCGACGUCGAAGGAUAUUGUCGACAAUGAAGACAUCACCAGCAACCUGGAGGAUCCGCACUCGGAGUCGGGCAAAUACUGGAAAACCGAAUUCGAUAAUUACCGUGCAAGGACCAAUCGAGAGAUCAAGAAAUUGAUCCAUUACCGGUGUAUUGCCAAAUCCUACGCUCGCAAGAAGGAUUCGGAGGCUUUGCGGCUGGCCGACAAGCUGAAAGAAGAAGAGCAAAAGGUCGCCGAGAUGGAGAGGCAGGUAUCACGACUUGCUUCUUCCAUGGUUGGUGAGGGAUCAAUACGCGAUAAGGAGAAUCUGGUCCAGGACUUGACUAAACAAACCGCUCUUGCAUUGCAGUACAAGCAGCAAGUCACCUCGUUGCGCAACGCCUUGGAAAAACAUGACGUCGUCAGCGACACAGCAAACAUUACACAGGAGAAGAAGGAAGAACCGCCUUCGCGUGCCCCUGCAGAUGAGCUCCUCAAAGCACAGCGGGAAUUGAAAGAAGCCAAUGCUAAAAUUGAGGAAAUGCAACGCCAACAGUCCGAACUGAGCACGCUCCAAGACCUCGCGCAGAGCUCGGAAAAGAAAGCCAAGGCGCUUGAGGAAGAAAACAACACCCUCAAGCAAACGCUUGCGCGAGUAAAGCAGGAAAUGUCCCGAUACGAAGGUCGGCGAAAGGACAAGGAAACAAGGCUGAAACAGAGAGAGUCGAGAUUGGAACAACGAAUCCAGGAAUACAGAGAAAAACUCAAGACGGUCUCCCAAGAGCACCGUGCAUCUGAGGAGAAUUUGAGGAAUGCUUCCGACGCAGAGCGUCGCCACAUGCAGAAACAAAUCGAUCUUCUGAAGCUGCGGCUUGGCUCUACCGAACGCUUCCCAGCACUGCCCUCUACUGAGCGGCAAUUCUUGAGUCCUCGCAAGGACCACAUAGAUAUACAGGCGUUGGACUUUGCCGAUGAGGAUUUCGCGGGGCCAGAUCUUGAGAAGCCAGAAGAAGAACUCACCGAUGAGAUCGAACCACCCCCGAGCCCGAGCCCACGGUCCAAAGUACGCGAUUCUCGACCUGCCUUGCGCAAUGCCACAUUGAGUACACUUGGCACGAGACUUAACGCUCGAGCCAUGGCCGCAGACGACGAUGAAGUGACGCAUUAUCUAAAUGAAAUCCUUCUACCGAAGCCCCGGAAUGAGUCACAUAACACUGUGUUGGAUCAAGUUCCUCCUUCAUCGCCUCCCGAUAUUUCGGCCCUGAAAUCACUGAAUCGCACGUUCUCAAGACGCCGACUCGGUGACGGCCAGCGGCCAUAUCGAACCUUGAACGUCCCUGCGGAUGAUGACACGCGUCUCAGCAACCGACAGGCACAACGUGAACGAACCCAUAUUAAAUCUACCCUCGAUUCAAUCUCGGGCCUUCCAUCUCGCAGUCGGUAUCAAGGGUAUACACUCUCGGCAGGCGAACGUGCGGGUAAGCGGUACGGAUUAGCUGAUGUGCAGCGUGAAGCUCUCAGUCCUGAACGAAUUGCCGCGGCCAAGUCACGGCUCAGGCAAAAGGAGAAUCGCAAAGCUAAAGCCCUUGGAAAGGAGAAUGUAUGA